AUGAAAAAUGCAAAAUAUUUAAAAUAAUAAAAACAAGAGGAAAGAAAAACCCAAGAUUUUAAAGAUAAUUUAAGAAAAAAGUUUACAGAUUAAUGCAAAAAAUAUUUCGGAGUUCCAUACCAUUAAAAAUACUGGAGCGAAGGAGAAGAAUACCAUAAUGCUCCUCUUUAUUUAGAUUGUUGUGGAUUAAUAAGAUAAGUGGUUUAUGAUUUAAGAGAAGAUUUUGGAUUCAGUUUAGGUAGAUGGAAUCAGGCAUAUUAAUUCGAUGUUUGCCCUCAAGAAAUAGAAUAUAAAGAUAUGAAACCAGGAGAUCUAGUAUUUAUUUCAGCUACAUAUUAUAAUUAAAGGGUAAAAACAUAGCCUAUUUUUAAAAAGUUUUUAAAUAAAAAUAAAAAGUUAAAACCAUUUGCACAUAAUAUGGUACAUGUAGAAGUAUUUACAGGUGGUGAAACAGGUGAAUAAACUAUAGGAGCAAGAUAUUAAAAAGGUGUAAUAUAAUAUCAUGAUAGUUAUAAAUUUAUAAGUAAAAAUUAUUAUGAUAUGAAAUAUCAUUUUCGUUCUUUAGACACUUGGUUGGAUGGAAUUUGCAAAUCAUAAUGUGCAUAACAUGAAUGGAGAGAUGAUAGAGAUUUGUGGAUUCCAGAUAAAUAUUCGGUUUUUGCAUCGCCGGAAUUAUAAGAAAGUGAAGCUAUAGAAGAAAAAUAAAUAGAAAAUGAUUUCUAAAUAAAAAAAAUAUAUAUUGGAAGUGGAAAUAAUAGUUAAAUUAUAGAAAACUUUUUUAAGGAUAAAAAUACAGAAAAUAAAAAUCGAUAGUAUCAAUUAAUGGAUAAAUAAAAAACAUUUAAUCCAUUUUUUUAUUUCAAAUGGGUUUAAACAAAAUCAGAAGUAGAUUUUUUAUCAUUUAAUGAAGGAUAAUAAAUCAUAAAUCAUAUUGCAAAUGUAACAAUAUUUACAACAAAAGUAGGUUUAUUAAAUUUACUAAGAGAUUAUUAAAGUAUUCAAUAAGAAACAAUAGAUUUUUUUCCAGAAACCUAUUAAUUAGAUCUUUUAAGUGACGAAAUCCUUUUCUUAAAUAAAAAGCUUGAGAAAGAAUAAAAAUAGAUAUGGAUAUUAAAACCCCAUAAUAAUAAUAUGGGAAAAGGAAUUCAAAUUAUCGAAGAUAUUUAUAUUUUUAAACAAAACUUCAUUCAAUAAAAAAACAUAAACUAGGAUCCUAUACUGCUAAUUUUAUUACUUAUGAAAUUGAUGAAAUUAUUAAUAAUCAAGAAAGUGUCCAAGAUUCAGAAAUGA